AUGUCGAAGUUAGAGCAAUUGGCAAAGCAGAGAAUAAUAUCAAGACAGGAUAAUUCCACGAAGACUAAAGGAUCUAACACACACACCAAAGGUGCUUCUCUAUUAGAUAGGCUGAAAACUUCAAAGAAUGAAAAGAAAACAGAACCUAAACAGAAUCUAUCUGAUAUACUGAAGAAAUCGAAGACUAAUCCUACCGAACAACCGUCUUUAAGUUCUUUAAGUUCCAGAUUGCAUGAUUUACAAUUUAAAAUAGAAAAGGAAAGGAACGUCACAACUAAUGUGAAGAGAAAUGAGAAUGUAGCAACUUUUGAAAUAUCAAAAGUAGAAGAAAAAAAGUCAAAGACGUCUGACUCCGAAGAACUGAAGAAAGUUAGACGUUCUUUAUCAUAUUUUACAGACAUUAAGGAUAAAGAUGUUAUACCGCCAACAUAUUAUAUGACUCCCGUCAAGGAGCCCCAACAACACUGUAUCGAUAAAACAUACAACAACAAUAGUCAUGUCUAUAAUAAAAGAGUACUAGCAGAGCUAGAUUUUGUCUUUUGCCCUUCAGGUAAGAGAAAUAGAAUAGCACAAAAUUUUGCAAAAUUGAGUCCAGACGAUGAGUCCAUUUUGGCUCAAAAAGGUGCAUUUAAGGAUGUUACAAAGAAAAUAGCGAAUCUGUCUAUCAAACCACCAAGGAGGUUACAGAAGAAUGUAGAAAUAAAGGAGACUGUUACGAGAAUCGAUCCACAGCAAUAUAUUACCAAGAAUAAGAUUCAUCCAACUAUAUCAAUUGUUGCUCUCGGUCAUUCAGGUAGCGGUAAAUCCACGUUAAUCGGUAAAUUAUUAUAUGAUCAAGAGUAUUUCAAGAUCCAGGAAGUCAAUGAUUUGAAAAUUAGACUAGAGAGGUCUCAAUAUAGGAAUGAAAAGUACACAUUCUGGUCAUGGUUGUUAGAUUAUGAUAGAAAAACUUCAAAAGUUAUGGAGAAAUCCAUAAGGUCUGAAUUGGUUCAUUAUGGAGGGUAUAAUUAUAGAAUAACUGAUGUUCCUGGAUCCAAAAAUAUGUUAUCACCUGAGCUUUUACGUGUUAUGAGUAACAGCGACGUUGGAUUACUUGUAAUCGAUUGCGAUAUAGAUGGAUUUGAAAAUGGUUUCAACUUAAAUGGUCAAAUAAUUGAACACUGUAUAUUAGCACACUCAUGCGGCAUCAAGAAAUUAAUUAUUGCCAUGAAUAAACUAGAUACUGUUGAUUGGCAUGAGGAAAGAUUCCAAGAUAUUAAAGGAGAGUUACUUCCAUUUCUAAUAAAUAUUGGUUUUGAACGUGAUCAAUUAAAUUGGGUUCCUUGCUGUGGUAUCGUAAAUACAAAGGAAGAUGGUCUCUUCAAACCAAUCUACGAGCAAAUGUGUCCAUGGAAUACUGAAAAGAGAAGUGUAUUUGAAAUUAUUCAGAGUGAGAGCAUUACUCUAAGUAAUUCUAAAAUUACGGAUAUAAAUCAACCAUUAACGGUGACCAUAGAUAAAUCUAAAAUUGGGGACCGAUGUCUUGGCAUAAUAAAGUUUGGUAAUAUCCAAAAAGAUGAUAAUGUUAUCGUUCAGCCAGAGGGAAAAGCCAUUUCUGUCAAAUCCAUAUUUAAACAAGGGAAGUCGGUACCUAUUGCCUUUGUUGGCGACUAUAUCUCCUUGGAAUAUAAACCACACGGAAAGGAUAAAGAAAAUGAUGUUAUAGUAACUGAACGGAAUGUUAUUUCAGCUCCAGAAAAUCCUCAACUGGUAGUGGUAAACCGUGAGAAUGUUGUCCUUGAUAUUGAACUGUUUGACAUAUACGACACACAAGUAUCUGAAGGAACUAAGCUGAAAUUCUUUACAAGUACCAUUGAGCAAGACUUAAAAAUUAAUAAAAUUCUUAAUCGUAGGGAUACUAUUUUAAAGGUGGAAGCCGAAGUUAAUGAAUCAGUUAUUCUAAUUCCAGGACGUAAUGUUGUUAUAUUAAGAAAUAAUAUGAACAGAACUAUUGGUAUUGGUAAAAUCUUACAGUAA